UUGCGGCAACAGCAUCGAUUUAUUGCUUAUUUUGGAGUGAGGGAUCCCCCGAAACACAAGAUAAAAUCUGGCUGCAAGAGGUUACUUAGUUUCAUUAAAAUGCGUGAGAUGCAUCUUAAAAUCAACAAAAAUUCAAAAAGAUAAAGAAAGAAAGAAAAACAAGAAAGAGGAAACAAACGAAAAUGGCGUAGGCAAACUUCGAAACAAUUGAACACGAAACUAUGAAAUUGAAGUGCGGAAACGAUCGAACGUUAACGAAAACGAAACGAAAACGAUCGAAGGAAGCGAAAGAAAUUCGAACGAAGUGACGCCGAUUCAAGCGAUCGAGAAUCGCUUCAGAUGAAUUCUAUGUAUAAUUUGUGAGAUGAUCGCCAGUAUAAAUUAAGAGUUGAAAUGUGUUUGGUGUUUGAUUCGUAUCGAACGCAACGCCAUUUAGAUCCUGUAUGGCAAUAACAGUUUCGAAGUGCCCAUUUACGUGAACUAAAGAUAUUCACAGCAAGAUUGUCAAGUGACAAACUCCCAAGAUUCAGAAGAGAAUGAUAUUGUGAUCAAACACGAUUGCUUGAUUUGCUACAUUUUGUUUUAACGAGCCACAAGCGGCAUCUUGUUGAUUUUACUAAGUAUAUUAAGUUCACAUGUAUCAAGAAUGCAAUGAUUUGUCUGGCUACCUAUGGUCUGCACAGGAGAUUUUAUUUUCACUGUGUUAACUAGUGACAAUUCUAAGUAUGGCUGACAAGACGUCAUCAUCAGUAUUUAAGUAUCUCCAUGAUCAAAACCGUCCAUAUAGUGUAACUGAUAUACACAUGAACCUUCACAAAGAAUAUGGGAAAACUGCUGUUCAGAAGAGUUUGGAUGCUUUGGUUGAGGAGAAGAAGGUCAUGGAAAAGGUGUAUGGAAAGCAGAAGGUGUAUGUUGUGAACCAGGAGCUGUUCCCCAAAGCUGAGGAGGCUGAAAUUAAAGGCAUGGAUGCAAAGAUCGCCGAGCUGACCGCCCAACUGGCCGAGGAGGCCGCGGCGGCACGGGAGCUGGAGGCCAGACUGAAGGCUACUACCAACAGCCUGACGUCGGAGCAGGCCAAACGAGAGCUCAAACAGUGUGAACAGGACGUGGCCAGUCGGACCGAGAAGCUGGCCGCGCUGAAGCGUCUGUCGGGCAAUGUGACGGCCGAGGAGCGGCGGCGCGUCCAGGAGCGUCACCGCCGGCUGGUCACCGAGUGGAGGAAGCGAAAACGCAUCGCCACAGACAUCGUGGACGCCAUCAUGGAGGGCUACCCGAAGAAGAAGAAGGACCUGCUGGAGGAGAUCGGCCUGGAGACGGACGAGGAGGCCGGCGUCACGCUGCCCAAGUGAGACGGCCUGCUGGGGGCCCGGACGGGCCGGUUGUGGGGGACGUUUCGUACCUGAUGUCCGGUGUGGUGAGGAGGCGCCCACUGUGAUGACGUGGUGACGUGGUGACUGUGCGGCGUUGGGUGUCUGCAGUCGCGACAAGGCCGAGGGUGGUAGCUGGAGGCGGGUCCGCCUGAUGGGCUCAACUGGAUUGACUCCAGUAUUGUUGAUUGUUGCAUUGCUGUGCUGCCAUAACAUUGUGUGUCGUAUGGUGGUUCUUCAGCGGACGAGAUCUGUCCCGCCACUGCCUAUGGCUGGGCCAUAGGCAGACAGACGUAUGGGUUUGUCAGCUGCCUGGUCCUGUAACGCUCAGUCAGUGCCAAUCUGAGCAGAUAAUGAACUCCUGUUUUCAAGGGUGGUCGUUUGUUAUGCGGCACGGGGCAGUUAUAUAACUGCGUUUCGCGGCUAGCUAUUUUUUCUUUGCCAUUUCCAAGGCCGCCACUUCUGUGCAAAUGAAUGACUGGUCGUGUUUGCUCGGUCCUGUCCUGUGUUGGGCUUUGUGAGCGGACAGCCAGCUCAUGGUCUGAUCUCUCCGACAAGUUCACAAUAAAUAAAUGUAUUUAA